GACGUCGGCGGCUAAAGGUUCCUGCAAACUCUCGUCUUCCUCUCCGCCGCCGGGCGAAAGCCAGCACGAUGUUUGGUGCGGGCGACGAGGACGACACCGACUUCCUCUCGCCUAGCGGCGGUGCCAGAUUGGCCUCUCUUUUUGGACGAGAUCAGACAACUGCUGACCAUGGAAAUGAAUUCUUCCAGUACACAGCCCCAAAGCAGCCUAAGAAAAGCCAGGGAACAACAGUAACAGGAAAUCAGGCCACACCAAAAACAGCGCCCACCUCAGCAGGGACUUCUACAGUAUUGGUUGCAACAGCAGUCCAUGCAUAUAGAUACUCAAAUGGUCAGUAUGUAAAGCAGGGCAAAUUUGGUGCUGCAGUCCUGGGAAAUCAUACGGCCAGAGAGUAUAGAAUUCUUCUUUAUAUCAGUCAACAACAGCCAGUUACUGUUGCCAGGAUUCAUCUGAACUUUGAGCUAAUGGUUCGGCCCAAUAACUAUAGCACCUUUUAUGAUGACCAGAGACAAAACUGGUCCAUCAUGUUUGAGUCAGAAAAAGCUGCUGUGGAGUUCAAUAAACAGGUGUGCAUUGCCAAGUGCAACAGCACCCCUUCCCUGGAUGCAGUGCUUUCCCAGGACCUCGUUGUAACAGAGGGCACUGCUGUGGAAGUUGGAGAUUCUUUGGAAGUGGCCUAUACCAGCUGGCUCUUUCAGAAUCAUGCUCUGGGCCAGGUUUUUGACUCCACUGCUAACAAAGAUAAGCUGCUUCGCAUGAAAUUAGGAUCAGGAAAAGUCAUCAAGGGCUGGGAAGAUGGGAUGCUGGGCAUGAGGAAAGGAGGGAAAAGGCUGCUCGUCGUCCCUCCAGCCUGUGCGCUUGGCUCUGAAGGGGCAAUAGGCUGGGCUCAGUCGGCGGACUCGGUCCUGGUGUUCGAGGUGGAGAUCAGGCGGGUGAAGUUUGCCAGAGACUCCGGCUCUGACGGGCACAGCGUUAGCUCCCGGGACUCUGCGGCUCCUUCUCCCAUACCUGGUGCUGACAGUCUACCAGCUGAUCCUGUUGUGUCACCACCCAAGUCAGGGGAGCCGGCUCUUCGUACCAAAUCUAACUCCCUCAGUGAACAGCUUACAGUAAAUACAAAUCCUGAUACAGUCAAGGCCAAGUUGAUCUCUCGGAUGGCUAAAAUGGGCCAGCCCAUGCUACCCAUCCUUCCACCACAGCUGGAUUCCAAUGAUUCAGAAAUUGAAGAAGUGAAUGCUUUGCGAGGAGCUGGGCAACCUGUGCCGACUCCACCCAUCCAGCCCUCUCCUCAGCCAGCCCAGCCAGUGCCACCACUGGUGACCGCACAUGCACCUCAGCUGUCUGUUUCUGGAUUCCAAGCACCCUCUGCUGCCUUAAUGCAAGUUUCAUCUCUUGAUUCCCACUCCUCAGCUGUAUCUGGAAAUUCCCAGUCCUUUCAGCCCUAUACAGGUAUGCCAGCCUACAGUUAUCCCCAGGCAUCAACGGUCACCUCCCAGCUGCAGCCUGUUCGGCCCUUGUACCCAGCACCGCUCUCUCAGUCUCCCCAUUUUCAAGGAUCUGGUGACAUGGCUUCAUUUCUCAUGACUGAAGCCCGACAGCAUAACACUGAAAUUCGAAUGGCAGUCAGCAAAGUGGCUGAUAAAAUGGAUCAUCUCAUGACUAAGGUUGAAGAGUUAGAGAAGCAUAGUGCUGGCAAUUCCCUGCUUAUUCCUAGCAUGUCGGUUACAAUGGAAACAAAGAUGAUCAUGAGCAACAUCCAGCGAAUUAUUCAGGAAAAUGAAAGGUUGAAGCAAGAGGUCCUAGAAAAGAGCAGUCGGAUAGAAGAACAGAAUGACAAGAUUAGUGAACUAAUUGAACGAAAUCAGAGGUAUGUUGAACAGAGUAACUUGAUGAUGGAGAAGAGGAACAACUCCCUUCAGACAGCCACGGAAAACACACAGGCAAGAGUAUUGCAUGCUGAGCAAGAGAAGGCCAAGGUGACGGAAGAGUUAGCAGCAGCCACUGCACAGGUCUCUCACCUGCAGCUGAAAAUGUCUGCUCACCAAAAGAAAGAGACAGAGCUGCAGAUGCAGCUGACAGAAAGCGCGAAGGAGACAGACCUCCUCAGGGGCCAGCUCACCAAACUGCAGGCCGAGCUCUCAGAGCUCCAAGAAACCUCUGAGCAAACACAGUCCAAAUUCAAAAGUGAAAAGCAAAGUCGGAGGCAACUGGAACUCAAGGUGACAGCGCUGGAGGAAGAGCUGACUGACCUUCGAGCUGAGAAGGAGUCUCUGGAAAAGAACCUCUCAGAAAGGAAAAAGAAGUCAGCUCAGGAGCGCUGUCAGGCCGAGGAGGAAAUAGAGGAAAUUCGCAAGUCACACCAGGAGGAAUUGAACAGACUUCGACAGCUCUUGAAAAAGGCCCGGGUGUCCACAGACCAAGCAGCUACAGAGCAGCUGUCUCUAGUACAGGCUGAGCUGCAGACCCAGUGGGAAGCAAAAUGCGAACACCUGCUGGCCUCCGCCAAGGAUGAACACCUGCAGCAAUAUCAGGAGGUGUGUGCACAGAGAGACGCCAGCCAGCAGAAGCUGCUCCAGCUUCAGGAGAAGUGUUUAGCCCUCCAGGCCCAAGUCACAACCCUGACGGAGCAAAAUGAACAGCAUGUCAAGGACCUGGAGCAAAAUAAGUCCCAGGUGUCUGGGGUUGAAGUUGCUGCUGCCUCGUCAGAGAAGGUCAAGAAGAUCAUGAACCAGGUAUUCCAGUCCUUGAGGGGAGAGUUUGAACUGGAGGAAUUGUACGAUGGCAGGACCAUUCUGGGGACCAUCAUGAAUACUAUCAAGAUGGUGACUCUUCAGCUGUUAAACCAACAUGAGCAAGAGAAGGGAGAGAGCAGCAAUGAAGAGGAGGAGGAAGAGGAAGAAGAGCGACCUCAAAGACCUUCCCAGGAGCCAGUCUCAGCCAGUUCUGGGCCAUCUCAAGCACCCCUGAGUAGGGAUAGGUGGGAGUCCCCCAUGGUGCCAUCGGAGGUAGUCAAGGGAGCUGACCCAUUGCCUCCUCAGGCCCUCCCCACCCCCCAGGAGGAUGUACAGAGAAGGAAAGGGGACCCCACAGAAGCAGAGGCACUCUCAGAUACAAAAAAUGAUUCGCUCCCACCCGAACUGGCUUGCAUCCCCUCCCAAAGAGCUCUGGGGCCCCCAACUUCGAUUCCCCCUGAGCCUCCGGGCCCUGUAACUGUGGACUCUGAGUGUGAGGAGACACCUGUUGCCGGCCCAUUGGGAAACGCCUCUGUUGGGGAGCAAGAAAGCCCCAUGAGACUGGCCCUGACUUCAGACUCUAAGAAUGGGGACCCACUGCCCUUGGAGCUGGAAAGUCCAGGAGGAGAGCCUCAGCCUCCAGAAUUCAAGAAAGAGGAAGAUAUUAUUAGUUCUGUUGGUCUCUCCAGGGAGCUGCUAAGCACAGAGGCAGAUUCUACAGCUACAGGAGCAGCACUUGGACCCAACCACUCUUCUCCACGUCCCAGUCUCUCUGGGGAUGAAGAGGAUGAGCUGUUUAAAGGGGCAACUCUGAAAGUUCCAAAGUCCAAAGCACAGUCUGAGGAGGAGGAAGACGAGGUGAGCUUGAAGGGACGCCCGCCCCCAAUACUCUUUUUUGGAGAUGAUGACGAUGACAUUUUCUGACUGGGAUGAAGACCCAGGAAACUGAUGCAAAGGUUGCUCUACUGACCCCUCCCUAAGCAUGAUUUUGCACAGCCGGCCCUGGCCUAGGUGAGCCACUGGGUGGGGUGAAGGUGAGCAUUCUGAGGACAUUAGCUAUCUGAGUUAGCCAGCGUCUUGAGCCCCCGUGUGGCAGGGUGAAGAGGACCGUGGGCCUGUCUUCAGACGCUGGGGUGGUCAACAGCUGACCGUGGUCCUGCCUUAGUCCCUCAAGGGUUGGUAGGCUCCCCUCUAGUCCGUCACCUACAAGUGUCCUGUCCUCUUGCAAGCUUUUUAUUCUCUUCACUUAACUCUCAGACUGCUGAGGGGAGGCCUCCUCCAUCUUCCUCCCAACACUCAACUGUGCCCCAGCAACAGGACCUGUCACCUGGGGUGAGGUCUCCCGGGUGAAGCGGAGGGUUGAUUGUACCUUCUAAGCCCCAGUUAACAGUCUUGCCUGCACUCCUGGCACAUUAUCUUUUCUCUGCCUUAAAUCUUUGGAAUUAACAAAACUAAAAUAAAUGUGUAUAAUGAAA